AUGAAGCUUAGAGCUCAGAUGUGUGAGAUGGAAGGUGGCCGUGCUUCGCGGCGAGGAGGCAUCAUCAAACUGUUGCAGGAAAGGCGCGCUCAAGCUAAUAUGGCAGGACGCGAGAUCAAGCAGGUUGACAAACAGAUCGAGUCAGCUCUGGUACGUGUUCGCAUCUCCGAGGCCGACAUCAAGACACAGCAAGAGAGUAUCCAGCAGGCAGCUGCGACAGAGGCAUGGUAUAAGUCCAAGUACACAAAUGAAGCCCUCUAUGCGUGGAUGGAAAACAGCACUCGAGCACUGUGCUUUGAUGCCUACGGUCUCACAAUGGACUUCAUACCCGUCAGUUCAAUUACUCUUAGUCAACGCGGUGCUGAUAGUGGCGUCUUCGAGCUCAACCUCAAUAGUGAGCGAUACCUGCCCUUCGAAAAUGCGGGUGCCAUUAGCACAUGGAAGCUGGAGUUGCCGCAACAUGUCCGCCAAUUCUCAUAUGAGUCCAUCAGCGAUAUAAUCUUGCACCUCAAGUACACAUCGCGCCAGGGAGGAGCCCAGCUCCACGCUUCAGCAGAGGACGCUGUUAAACGCCUCAUGGCGGCUGCCGAUGGUGUUAGCGAGGGUGACGGCUUAUUUGCUCUUAUUGACAUGGCCAGUGAUUUCGCGAACGCUUGGGCACUGGUCCAAUCUCAAGCACAGGCUAGGCAGACCGGCGAUCUCCUGGUUUCUUUGGGCGACAUUGGCAUAGUACUACCCUACUGGUCCGUUGGCUACGCCGUUAAGGUCCAAUCUGUCACGCUCAUCUCACGCUGCAGUCCAGAAGUCGGUGCCAGAUUCUCUGUCGACUUGCUCCAUGGCAAAGAUAGUGAAAGAAGUUUUGGGGACGGUGUCAGCCGUGCUUCUGGCUGGGAUGUUCGCGAGGUCUCGAAUCUUGACGCCGGGAUCGCCAAUUGGGGGCUUCGAUUGAAGCGCAAGAAUCAAGGGGAGGAUCUCGAACUCACAACCGUUAAAACUAUCCUUAUGCAGGAAUCUUCUUACGACCACUAUAAACUCAACUUUGUCGAAAUGGCGGUAUCCCCCGAAACCGCUGCGAUUAUCCAGCGCAAGAAAGCGCAAUGCUGUCGUUUCGCCGACUCCAAUCAAUGGAACCGCUUCGACAGCAUCAUGCUGCCCAACGCGACGUUUCUCUUCCACAACCCAGAUGGAAGUGUGAUCACAAAGGGUGACAUUGAAUACUCGUGGUCAUCUACAAAAGACUGGGUGGCGUUCUUUGAGAAUGAGUUCAAGACGAUGCAGACAAUUCAUAUCGUCGGACCAGCUGAGAUGGAGCAGAUUGCGCCUGAUGAGAUCAAGGCUAUUUGGGCUGUUACGUAUCACGCUGGGACGAAGGGACAUGAAGGUGGCGUUCAUGGAACGGGCGGUGGACAUUAUCACGAGACGUGGAAGAAGGUUGGUGAUGAUUGGUUCAUGGCGAGUUUGAGGAUGGAGAGGCUUUACUGGAAGGUCUUGAGCGUUUGA